CGACCCAUCGCCAGUCAGUGCCCCUUGAACAGGAGCCACUUAUUCGUGCUUGGAAGCGAUACAGAUAUACAGCCACGAGCACACACGCGAUGGAGCACCGGAAUCACAUGUCUCUUCCCCCGCUGUCUCACGAUCAUAAGCAUGGUCUCCUAGAUUCCCAACACAUCUCUCCAUCCUCCGAUCCGACAACUUCCAUAUUUGACCGAUUCGACCGAUCCUUCAAACUCCCGCUAUACCCUCCACCAUCCUAUGCGCAAUCUCACGAUACGACGCCCUUUCGGUUCUCCGACGGCCCCAAGGCUGAGCUUGCACCUAUUAAGUCUAUGAAUACCCACAAUAAUAGCCACGACGAUACCAACCAGGAACCCAAUAGCAACACCCUGCCCUCUCUAUCCACCUUGACAGGUCCACCCGCUCCUCCUCCUCGAUACCCGCCGCCUUACCCUCCCGAUCCUGUAUACUCUCCCCCGGCACCGUCUCCUCUCAGUCACUGGCCAAGUCUCAACCCGCUCACCGCGUACUACACCCCGAGCCAUGCGCAGAAUGCCGAGCCACCGAUGCGGAUGGACAUAGAUACGAUCAGCAACAGCGGGAACAGCGGCGCGGGCGCCCCGUCGCCCGAUCGAUUCCCGGAUGGGAGAGCGAGCAGCGUCAGCUUGGACGACCCGGACGUGCGAAUGGCCGCCGAGGCCCUCGGCGAUCUGAGAGCAGAUUUUGUAUCUUCUCCGACGAACAAGAGCACCACAGUCCCGAGGUCGCCGCGCUCCCAGGCGAACGGAUCCCAUCCAGAGCCGCUCAUCUCGCUACUCACCACUUCGCACCCUCUACUGGCCACCACCAUCGAGGGCGCCACCUCCGCCUAUGUCAGCUCCAAGAACUACUCGCCCAGAUUCAAAUCGGGCGCCGAAUACGUGGAGGGCUACGUGAUCCCCAUUGCGAACACGGUGGGUUCCGUCGGCCGUGUGACCGGCGUAGAGGGUGGCGUCCGAUGGUUCUUAGGGGGUGGGAGAAGGCACAAGCCUCAAGGCUCAGACGUCGAAGCUGCCGACUCGGGUUCCAACAAGCGUAGAAGGGUCAAUGGGACUGGCACCUUCAGGGAGACCACUCCAGAGCCUGGAUCCGGCAUGGAGACGCCGAGGGCCUCCUUGGACGGCUCACAGAGCCGCCGACUCUCAGUUGCGAGCACCGUAGACACCCUGCCAGCGUACGACGAACUCCGAUCCCCACCCUAUGCAGAGCAAUUCGUACCGCCCGAGACGCGUCCGAGCAAUGCGGCGUGGCAGUCGCGUCUCAUCAUGUCGACCUCGGGGCUGAGUAUCGCCAUGAGUGAGGAGAGCCUGCGGAGUCUCAAGUACUGCUUAAGCUGGCUCCGGUGGGCCAACGUUCGUAUCGGAAAUGUCAUCAAUUCCCUAAAGUCUACGAUGGAAAAGUAUGAGCGGAGCGAUCCUAACCGAACGGACGGCGAUCACCCGAUGCAGGGUACGUCGUCGUCGACGGAGGAAUUCGCGGAUAGGAGCCAACUCGCCGCUAAGAUCGCCGAACUCAAGAUGGAUGUCCUGAAAACACUUCAGGAUGUCAUCAACACGGUCAGCAGGUAUGCGGGCGGUGCUCUACCGGACAAUGCGCGGGAGCUGGUCCGGCGGCAUCUAACGAGCCUGCCUCAGCGGUUCCGAGUAGCAAGCAUGGUCGGCGAAGGCCAGCCACCUGAGGCUCACCACACCGAGGCCAGUAGGGCGGAUUAUCGGGAGAUGUGCGAGAAGGAGACUCGCGAGAGUGCCCAGCGAGUCCUAGUUCUCGCUAAGGAGGGCCUCGAUAUGAUGUCUCAGGUGUCUGGAGUCCUCGACGGCACCAUUAUCAGUGCCGAAGAGUGGUGUGACCGGCUUGGUAGGCGGAAACGGGAGCAGCGGGAGAGUUUGCUCGGAGCGCCCCACAUUCCCCCGACCCCCCUGGAUGAAGUGAAGAUUGGGUGAAUGAUGUCGAGAAAGUGGUUCGGAAAACAAGACCAAAAAAAGCCAGUUACUCAAAAGUUGGCGGCUAUUACAAAACGGGUAGGGGGUGAUCUUGGUGGUACUGGAGGGAGAGGCAGGGGGCGAGAUACAGCGUAAAAAGGGAGGCGGUCUUGGCAAUCUCCGACGGAGCGAUUGCCUUACACUCAGCUCACUUCGCUGCUGACGACAACGGUCUACCACGACCUACAAAAUCUUUUUCUAUUUACUCUCGCGACUCUUGCUAGAUAUGCGGCUUAUACCCAUAUAGUGGAUAUUCGGAGCGCAUCUGUCUCGAGUGUAACGAUACUACGUGUUACCCCUUUGCA